AUGCCGUUUAAAAAGGGCCGCAAGAGCACGCGAAUCUCCCUAACAAAUACCCGCGUAUCCGCACCUCCAGUGGUGCACGACGGAUCCGAUGAGGAAAUGGCAGAGGGAGACGGCGAUGUUGUAUACGACGAUGCGCGCGACGCGACUCCCCAAGAAGAUGUAGCGGAGGAGGACGAGGAAGACGAGGAAGCGKCAACCCCAGCUGCAGAGGACGACGACGACGAGGAUGACGACGACGAUGCGACUCCGACGGUCACCACAAUCCCGCGACGGAGAGGGCGAGGAGGUCGGCCGCGGUCACGCAUAGGCUAUGGCAACACCCCGGACCCCACCGGAGACGAUGGGAGCGAAUCUGGCACACCAAUGCGCCGGAGACGAGGCCGCCCUCCAGGCACGGGCGGUGGGAGAGGUAGUGGGCGGGGAAGAGGGCGCGGAGGUCGCGGACGUGGUAAUGCCCAUUCCGAUGCGCCGCGGUUCAUCAUCGACAAGAACGGCCGGGCAUUGGAUGUGGUGGACGACGAAGCGCUGGUCGACGACGAUCCCGAGGGCAAUGAGAAGGUCGAUAAGAAGGGCCAUCUUCAAGGAGGGCGGGAGUAUCGUGUGCGCACAUUCACCAUCAUGGGCAAGGAUGAACGCCUGUACAUGCUUUCUACGGAACCCGCACGUUGUUGUGGUUUCCGUGAUAGUUACCUCUUCUUCACCAAGCACCCCAAGCUCUACAAGGUCGUCGUUGGCGAUGAGGAGAAGAAGGAUCUGAUCGACAGGGAUAUCUUACCCAACAGCUACAAAGGACGGAACAUUGGAGUGGUCACUGCCCGCUCCGUCUUUCGCGAAUUUGGAGCCAAGAUCAUUGUCGGUGGACGGCGAAUCAUAGACGACUACAAAGUUGCGGAAGCGAGGGCGAACGGUGAUGUGGAAGGAGAGCUCGCAGAUCCAGACGACCAUGUCCCUGACUCGCAGGAAGCCUACAACCGCAAUCGAUACGUGGCGUGGUUCGGUGCAAGCGAGGUAUAUCGAGCUCAGGCGGGUGGCGGGACCAUGCCACAUACAAAGCAAAGUGGUGCGCUCAAGCGGAGGAACAACUGCACUCUACAAAACUGGCAAUUCAUGCAUGCGAAGGAGGCGAGCAAAUUCAACACCACACUUGCAUCCCUCCGCCAAGCGAAUCUUGACGGUGUCUACGACCCCAACACCAACAUGAUGUUCUACCCAAAGAUCAUGCAGCCAACACAUGCCAAAUGGGAGCAAAUCCCACCCGAGCCCGCGGCAUCUGAAACGAAACCUCAUCUCACGAACGGAAAUACCAACGGCCACAAUCACGACGCAAUGGACGUAGACCACCACACUCGUUCCGUCUUCCCAAAAGUCCCGGCCGUGAUCUCGCGAAACUUCACAGUCAUAGACACGGCCUUUUCCUCUGCACCUCUCUCCAACGCAGGCUACCCAGGACCUGACGGCCACGUCUUCGACCCUUCAUCAGGACCCAAUGGCCUCAGCACAGUCUCUCAAGACCUCAUCGAAGAGCUUCCAGAAGAGUGCAGGAAAGCUUUUAUGCAGGCGCGCGAUUUGGAGUUGGGAUGGAAACGUUCUUGGGGCACGGAGAGUCAGUGUUGUCAGCGCCAGGGUUUGAAAAUUGGCCUCAAUGGGUACCCGGUUUGA